AGGCGCGCGCCUGGACCUCAUCGGUGUUUGCUUCCGCAGUUCCGCCGUCGGCAAGGAAGGAAAAAGAGAGCAGAGAACCCUAGCUAGAGUUUGGCGAGUGGUGCGGAGGCGCGGCUGCUCCUGCUCGUCGCGACGUCGAAUUUCAGCGCCGCCCGCGCGAUCCUUGGUCUCUUCGCCCGAGAGGCGCGACAAUGGCUGGGAAAGGCGGGCCGACCAACCUGGAGAAGGAGCAGAUGUUUGGGAUGGCGGAGAAGGAGAUGGAGUACAGGGUUGAUCUUUUCAACAGGCUUACAAAGACCUGUUUUGAGAAGUGCGUUGAAAAAAGGUAUAAAGAAGCUGAGCUCAAUAUGGGUGAGAACAGUUGCAUUGAUCGAUGUGUUUCAAAGUAUUGGCAGGUGACUAAUUUAGUAGGUCAGAUGCUUGGGAACCAGCCUCAGAUGUGAACCGAGAUGCACUAGUUCCAUUUUGUAGCAGAAUCCUAUUGCUCUGUUUAUUCUUUUUGGUUGGUAUUAGAAUCCCGCCACCUGCUAUUAAGUACACCAAUACAGCACCAGACUUGUUAAUGCGUGGAUCGCUCUGAAGAAAAAUCACGGUGUCUUGCUCUUUCCAGUGAUGUGCAUUAUCUUUGAAUCAUGAACAGGGAACAUGCCUGUAAUAAAUUUAUAGAGCUCGAGAGUGAUCCUGUUUCGAAAGCU